GAAAGCAGCUGAUAGGAAGAUUGUUUGUUUUCAAUCCAAAUUAUGCUUCUUUUCAAACGGUUUGAGAGUUCCAAAGUAUAUUGCAAUAGCUACUGUACCGAGUAGAAGUCAGAAUCAUUCAGUAAAAAGUGUUAUUAUCAGAUCGCUUCCAUAUAGUCGGUACGGUACGAGUCGCCUUGCCUUUCCGGGUGCAAGGUGCAAACGAUGAAUUGCGUUAUACUGAAUACAAUCCGCAACGUUCAAGUGAGAAAUGCUGCUUACCGCUUUUGCUCUAGUUCAAAUGGACCUAAUGGGUCGGUAAAAGAUAACAUUGUACCGGAGCUUCCACCUGAGCCCACCACAUGCUGCAUGUCCGGUUGCCAGAAUUGUGUUUGGAUUCAGUAUGCUGCAGAUCUGACCAAAAUACUAGACGAUGGGGGUGAAAAGGCACGCGAAAUUGUGCUGGCAAAGAUCGCCGAUCCGAGCUUGAAAAUGUUUUUAAAAAUUGAGCUACAAAACAUACAAUCGACCAAAACGGAUCCUUCGUGAGAGGAAACCGAGACAGCUCCUGUUGUAGUUAUAGUAAUUGUUCUAUUCGAAGUGUAAAUUUUGACGUUAUUUAGCAAAUAGACGCAUGAAAUACUUACCCAGAGCAGACGUUUUUAAUUUAUUGUUAUAAGUAAGUGUCAAUCAACAGAGAAAGCAAUUUUUUUCUUUCUUGAUCGAUGAGAUGAGCCCACAAAACAUUCAACAGAGAAACAAAGGAAAACUGACCAUUAACUACAGUUUAAAAACGAACCAAAAACAAACCAAAGCAGUGAAAGUAAAUAAUGCCCGAA